AUGUCGACCAAACUGGAUGGUUCUUUGUCUGCACGCGGUGCGCAAAACAGUUGCUCUAAUCUCCCGUCACGACCAGCGAAGUGGAAAAGAAACUGGAAUGGCCCUGUCAUCAUCAUCAUUGGGUUCUACAUGCUUGCGUUACUCUGUGCAGUAGUACACAACUGCGUUUUCAACUACCUCGACGGACGGGUCGUCAACCAAAACCGCGAUAACGUGUCGUUCGAUACUACAACUAUCCCUCAGAGUCAUGCUACGACAAUAUCCCUAGUCCUCGUCACGGCUUUUCGCGCAGCAUUGACAGCCAGCAUCGGCUACUGUUACACACAAUACCUGUGGAAGAAUUUGAGGAGUCAGAUCCUGGAAGUCGGUCUCAUCGAGGAGCUUUUCCAAAUCAGAAACAACGCUGUACGACUUUUGAAUCCUGCGCUGGCGCGAUACACCCCAGUCUUGCUUUCGAUUGCAUUGUUCUCGUGGCUUGUACCACUGGCCAUGAUAUAUCCCCCUGGAGCUCUUGUUGUCGGCUUGGAAACCCGCCUCGUUGACGAGAACUUCAACAUUUCCGUCAUCCCACCGGCUGGCGCCUCAAAUGUCAUUGAUGUGAGAAAAAGAUUUGGCGACGUUGAAUAUGGCCUUGCGUCUAUUUUUGUGGAUUCUGUUCUCGAGAAAUCGUUGAACGACGGGUCUGCUCAAUGCGAUUCUGACACAUGCUUCUACUUACAACCCUCCGGACCUUUGAGAUCUCUCGCGAAAUCGGUCCUGUUGUCUUCUAGUAUAGUUCAAACAGAACGCCCCUCGCACGGAAACUUUUCAUACUCCAUGACUUUCCAAGGGCCGAUGCUACACUGCGAACAGAAAAGUGGCACUAAUGUUACAAUGAUUAGUAGCAAUCGCUUACAACGUCAAAUCUCGAACCCUGGCGAGGAAGCAUUAGACAUCACCCUAGACCAGGAUUACCCAGUGUACAAUCUAUCGUCCAGUCCUGGAACUAUCACACUUGAAUAUGACCCUAACCAACCGCAAUUGAACUUGAUGCCGUGUCCACGAGCUCAGGACGCCGCCGACGGAUCAGGUUCGAACGACAAUCACCAAGGAAACUUCACACUUAUGCGACCAUUAGUGGUAACAGAAUGUUUGGCGGCUACAGCGGAGUACAAUGUCAACAUCACUUCCAUCAAUGGUGUACAGCAGAUCCGAUAUUCUGCCAACGAUGUACAGCCGUUACCUCUUCCUCUACCUGAAUCAGCCUUUGAGUCUGGAUCACAAGACAUCGGAUCCCUGCGAUCAUGGAGAGAAUACGCCACCAUCUUGGCCUUGAUUGAUUCUUUGGCUUCACACUUCCAUCUGACCGGAGUCUACCUAUCUGAGCUGAGAUUUCCUCAAUCUGCGCUCCAAAUACCAACACAGUACCGUCUGCCAAACGGUACUGAUGUGGAGGUUUGCUCUCCGAACUAUACCAUGUCGAAUAUCGUGAGUGGCUCUUCCACCCUCUUGACGUCCGCAUUCAACAAGUACUACAUCGAAAGCGAGAUCGGCGCCACACCUUUGAGCAUCGACUUUUCCGAAGCGCUGCUCAACGAGGCAUUAGCCAACAUCACAAUCUCAGCUCUAUCGCUCAACACAUGGUACGACGUCGUACACGGAUCAUCAACAAAAGUAAUGAACGUAUACCACUUCGAACGGAAACUCAGCUUCUACCUCCCUUAUGGUCUCUGUCUUUUACUCACGCUUCCGGUUCUUGCCGUCGGCUUACUGGCACUGCGUCACAAUGGCGUAUCGGCUAUCGAUGGCGGUUUCGUACAGAUCCUGAUGACUACGACUGGGCACACGGAGCUCGACAGGGUUGCUAUGAAAGGGUGUCUUGGCGGCGAGAAGAAUAUUCCGAAAGAGCUUGAGAUGUUGAAGAUUCGGUUCGGGGAGCUGUUGUCUCGUGAAACAUGCGCUGUUGGGGAUGUAGCCAACGAGAAGCAAUCAGCGAAGAAUGGAGGUCGUCGCAGUGAUUUUAUAGGUGGAAGCGUCGCCUCGGAUGAUGUGAUUGUAGUACAAGAGUUUGUCAGACAUGGAGAUCACGAGGAGACUAGAGAGUCGCGUGAAGCUCAUGGGUAUACCGAGGUAGCUUCUGGGAUCGCGACGGUCGACGUGGGGAAUCAUGUCGUGCGAAGAGCUGGCUUUGGUGUUGCGGAUGAAACGAAGCCGCUCCAAAGGAGCGUUCGGUAUGGAUGGACUGAGAUGGAUGAACAGGUUAAGCACCAGGGAUAG